AAAAAAUGGAUCUGUAGGCACUGUAAAAUAAUUCAGUCCAGGUUUGUCUAGUCUUAAGUCUUUUAGAUCUUGCUCUAGAUGCGAUCAAAGCCCCCAGAUUGCUUACGAGCACUAUAUUAACCUUAUUAAAGCUUCAAAUCAGAAGUUAACUUCAACAGAAUCGCCUGCGCGGAAGAGCCACCCUCGCUAACAACGUGAGCUACAACAGAUCUCCCCAGGAUCCGUUCAGCACUCUCGGCCACACACAUCAUGGAGGAGGAAGCCCCGGUGGGUGGCAAGGCGGAGACCUACGCCGCCGAGGCCAUGGCAGCGGACAUGGACCCUUGGAUCGUUUUUGAUUCCAGACGGACUCCCAGAUCGGAGUUUGACGCCUGGUUGGAGAGCAACAGACCCUCACAUGUGUACAGGUUUGGAGACGAGGAAGAGGGUGUCAGUCGGGUGGGGUGGAUCGCCGUGCUGGGCCCUAACCACUGUCCCUCUACUGGAGAUGUGAUGGCCCUCCAGGAGAGCUGGGACAAACUGUUGGCCAGCUCCCGGCCUGUCACCUUCCAGACUGUGAAGGAGCUGGCCCUAAACCACGGAGUGCUCUCUGGAAAGUGGCUCAUGCACUUGGACUCUGGCUUUAAGGUGGACCAUGCUUGGGAGUGCGUGGCCAGAGCGGCGUUAGACGGCAAGAUCUCCCUGGUCAAAGUGAGUCCCUAUGAUCCCAAAGCAGAAGGCAAGCAGGUGAUCUGUGCCCAUAACCAGAACUUCGCAGAUGAAGGUGAGGUAGUUCAGCUGGACUCCUUCAUCCGGGCCACAGGCGUCAAAUGCCCCCUCUCUUACAAGCCAGAUGUCUACACCUACUUGGGAAUCUAUCGAAACAAUCGCUGGAAGCUCUGCCCCACCAUCUAUGAGAGCAAGUUUGACUUGGAGCGUGUGCCCAGGCGCUCGCACAUCAUCAACAAAGUCACCAAUCUGGAAGUAACAUAAGGAAGAAGAUGAGGGAAGUUUUUGCUGGACUGUUUCAAGAUGAGGCCUUUGGAGAACCUGGUGGUGGGUUUGUGCAGUAAUAAUAACAGGGAUUGAGUUUUGAUUUCAAAUUCUUCCAUUUCUUUUUCUAACAAACAAAUCUCUCAUUUGUACACUGUCUUUUGAUGGUAUAUUUUCUAAGUUCUUGGAGUCGUUCUUUGGACGGAUUACAUUCAGGAGACGGGUUUCCAUUAAAGUGACUGGCUGGAAUGUUUUAUGCACAUGAUUUCAGGAGAUGAUUUGCACAGCGUGACAACGAUCGGAUCACAAAGAAUCUUUUCUGUUGAGCUUUAGUUUGUUUGGUAUUGGGUAUUAUGUUAUUUCCAAAUAAAAACACAUUUCAAGACCUUU